AUGGAGUGGAGGGAUCACGUUCUGGCUCACAGCGGCUACCUAUUUCGUCCAUAUGACGCUCGGCACGGCUUUCUUUUGGAUCGCGGCCGGAGAGAUAGAGGGACAAUGAACACCACCGGGAAUGCUGGCGUCACCCCCUCUUUGCUGCUUUCUGAGUAUGACUCAACUUGCAAAUGCCGAUGGUGGGAUACUCUCCUAGACAGGUCCCGAUGGUUUUUCAGGGAGUCUGGAUUGGCCCAGCACCAAUCCCUGGCUGAUGACCGGCCUGACCCGAUGAUUCUGCGCUGGGUAGGCUGGCUCACACUGGUCUGCACGGUGGCGUGGGCGCCUGGUCUCGGGGCGAAUUUGGUCCACGACGGCCCAAUGGCGUAG